UCUCUCUCCUCCCCGUUCAAUCUCUGUUCCCUCUGCAAUUUUCAUUUCUUCGAAGCUCCAAAACAACAAAGAAACUACCAAAUUAGGGUUUCGUGUUCGGAGCUCGGGAUUUGUAUCCGCGGAUUACAUGAGCGUUUUGUAUAGCAUUCUGUGGAUUCGUUGUGUUGCGAUUCAAUGGCGGAGCGGAGGUUCGGCGUAGGCUAUGCUUUGGCGCCCAAGAAGCAGCGGAGCUUCAUUCAAGAAUCGCUCGUCAACCUCGCCAAAUCGCGCGGCAUCGAUCUCGUUCGGAUCGACACUGACCGCUCGCUGGCGGAUCAGGGGCCCUUCGACUGCGUGCUGCACAAGCUCUACGGCGAUGACUGGAAGCUGCAGCUGGCGGAGUUUAGGGUCAAGAACCCUAAUGCGGUGAUACUCGACGCGCCGGAGGCGAUCGAGCGCCUGCACAAUCGGAUUUCCAUGUUGCAGGUGGUUUCGGAGCUGAAAAUCGAGCACGAGAGCAACACGUUUGGGAUUCCGAAGCAGAUUGUGAUAUACGACAAGCAAACGCUGUUUGAUCGCCAGGCGUGGGAGGGUCUGAAGUUUCCCGUGAUUGCGAAGCCGCUGGUGGCGGACGGCAGCGCCAAGUCGCACAAAAUGGCCUUGGUUUUCAACCAUGACGGUCUCGACAACCUCAAGCCCCCAAUUGUGCUUCAAGAGUUUGUGAACCAUGGCGGCGUCAUAUUCAAGGUGUAUGUGGUUGGAGAGUAUGUGAAAUGCGUGAAGCGUAAGUCGCUUCCGGAUGUUUCCGAAGAAGAGAAAUUAGGGAGCUUGGAUGGUUUGAUGUCGUUCUCGCAGAUAUCGAAUCUUGCAAACAAUGAGAGGACUGAUGACAAGUAUUACAAAAUGAUGCAGCUGGACGAUACUGAGAUGCCGCCGCAGAGUUUCAUCACUGAUAUUGCAAGAGGCUUGCAGCAGGCAAUGAAGUUGAACUUGUUUAACUUUGAUGUGAUCCGGGAUGCAAGGUUUGGCAACCGCUACUUGAUAAUCGACAUUAAUUACUUUCCUGGGUAUGCCAAGAUGCCUGGCUAUGAGACUCUGUUGACGGACUUCUUUUGUGACAUUGUGCAAAAGAGAGAGAAAGAUGGGGUGGAGAGCACUGGUUUGGAUAGUUACGAGGUUCUUAGUUGCGACGAUGAAGUGAGAAAAUUGUAAGUUGUGAUGGGGAUGAUGCGGGUGACCUUAACGUAGAAGAUGUUGAGAGUUGUCCGGAGAACCCAAAUCAAGUUUAAGGGCGGUGUGGCCUCUUCGUCCGGUGGUUGCACAUUAGGUUUAGAUAGCAGUUGGGGUACAAUGCUGAACUGAGUAGGUUGGUUCUUGGUUUUAGCUUUAACUUCUUGACAACAAGAUGACAUGACGUUCAGCGUCUAUCGUGUAUAUUCCAUCCACCAAUGCUCCGGAGAAGGUACUUCUCGAAAUACUGUGCUGAAGUUUUAGCCUUUUUAGGAAAGUCAAGAUGUAAUCUGAGGCUUUAAAGUCCUUCCUUUCCUAGAAACUGUUUUAGUUUGUGCCAUAGGCACCUUUUAGUUAAUGGAUUUUGGCCUUUUUGUUAA